UAAGGUCAAAAAUAAAUAUAGGUUAUGUAGAUUUGUUUUCAAAUCAGUGUUUUAAUUUAUUGUACAAUCUGUUAUAAGUGUUCGGUACUAAAUAUCCUGUAAAUAUUUUACCUAAGUGUAUUUUACGUUUGUUCGUGUUAUUUCGGUGAAAAACUAAACAAUGUCGUCGGGUAGAAAGUGCAAAAACUGCGGUAGUUCGGACAUUGAAGUCGACCCUGCCAGGGGCGAUGCAGUUUGUACGAAUUGUGGCUCAGUUCUCGAAGACAAUAUUAUCGUAGCCGAAGUCCAGUUCGAAGAAGGAACUCACGGAACGUCUAGUGCAAUCGGUCAAUUCGUUUCGGCUGAAUCACAGGGAGGAUCCAACAAGUUUGGAGCAUCUUUUCAUGUGGCUGGUGGUCUAGAAUCCAGGGAAGUAACGUUAAGGAAAGCUAGAAAUGGUAUAUCACACUUGGGAAACCAGUUAAAGCUGAGUCAGCAUUGUAUCGAUACAGCUUGUGGAUUUUUUAAAAUGGCUCUAUCAAGACACUUGACGAAAGGCAGAAAAAAUACUCAUAUACAUGCAGCUUGUGUUUACCUGAGCUGUCGAACCGAAGGAACAGCACAUUUACUCAUCGAUAUUAGCGACGUGCUACAGAUAUGCUGCUAUGAAUUGGGACGGACAUACUUGAAAUUAACCCAAGCCUUGUGUAUAAAUGUACCAUCAGUAGUUAUAGUCCGUCAUACAAUUAAUUAG